AGACAGGGUUGCGUUUCUGUUUGCCAGACCCAGUCUCCAGCACUGGUCCCCCUGAUGGCAGUUUGUACAUCCCUGUGAAACCUGCCAAGCUGGACGCCACAGCUUUGCACGACUGCACUUUGGCUGCCACUGUGCCCCCUUCAGAGCCAACGAACCAUGCAGUCUUAGCCUGUGACACAGGCAUCCAUGAAGAGCACUAUGUGAGUGAAGCAGUGGAAAAUGAUGUGCCGGACUACAGAGAAUACAGAGAUGCCUGCACCAUUACUGAUGUGUGCAAUAGUACUGAUCUUCCUGAAGUUGAAAUCAUCAGUCUGCUGGAAGAACAGCUGCCCCAUUACAAGCUGAGAGCAGAUACAAUCUAUGGUUAUGACCACGACGACUGGCUUCACACGCCUCUCAUUUCUCCUGAUGCCAGUAUCGACUUAACAACUGAGCAAAUAGAAGAGACGCUGAAAUACUUCCUUUUAUGUGCUGAAAGAGUGGGCCAGAUGACUAAAACAUACAAUGACAUAGAUGCUGUUACACGACUUCUGGAAGAGAAAGAGCGGGAUUUAGAAUUAGCUGCUCGAAUUGGCCAGUCAUUGUUAAAGAAGAAUAAAUCACUAACUGAGAGAAAUGAAUUCCUUGAGGAGCAAGUAGAGCAUAUCAGGGAAGAGGUUUCUCAGUUGCGCCAUGAACUAUCCAUGAAGGAUGAGCUGCUUCAGUUUUAUACCAGUGCUGCUGAAGAAAGUGAGCCAGAGUCCAUCUGCUCAACACCGUUGAAGAGGAAUGAAUCUUCCUCCUCCGUCCAAAACUAUUUUCACUUGGAUUCUCUUCAAAAGAAACUCAAGGACCUUGAAGAGGAGAAUGUUGUGCUUAGAUCAGAGGCCUGUCAGCUGAAGACUGAAACAAUUACUUACGAAGAGAAAGAACAGCAGCUUGUAAAUGACUGUGUGAAAGAGCUGAGGGAUGCAAACAUCCAGAUUUCCAGUAUCUCGGAGGAAUUAGCAAAGAAAACUGAAGAUGCUGCCCGGCAGCAGGAAGAGAUCACCCAUCUUCUUUCUCAGAUAGUUGAUCUACAGAAAAAGGCAAAAUCUUGUGCAGUCGAAAAUGAAGAACUUGUCCAGCAUUUGGGAGCAGCUAAAGAUGCCCAGCGUCAGCUCACGGCAGAAUUGCGGGAGCUGGAAGACAAGUAUGCAGAGUGCAUGGAAAUGCUUCAUGAGGCGCAGGAGGAGCUGAAGAACCUUCGGAACAAGACGAUGCCAAAUGCCAUAUCACGUCGCUACCACUCGCUAGGCCUCUUCCCCAUGGACUCUUUGGCAGCAGAGAUAGAAGGAUCAAUGCGAAAAGAACUGCAACUGGAUGAGCCAGACUCUCCUGACAUAACUCACCAGAAACGGGUCUUUGAGACUGUGAGAAACAUAAACCAGGUUGUCAAGCAGAGAUCCCUGACUCCUUCUCCAAUGAAUAUCCCAGGAUCUAACCAGUCUUCUGCAAUGAACUCAGUCAUUUCUAGCUGUACCAGCACUCCACGUUCCAGUUUCUAUGGGGGAGACAUCUCCAACAAUGUGAUAGACAACAAGACCAACAGCAUCAUUCUAGAAACAGAAUCCUCUGACGUUGGAAAUGAAGACAAGAAUAAGAAACCUGGAACUCCAGGGACACCUGGUUCUAGUGACUUGGAGACAGCUCUUCGAAGGCUGUCCCUUCGGCGAGAGAAUUACCUCUCAGAGCGGAGGUUCUUUGAAGAAGAGCAGGAAAGGAAGUUGCGGGAACUGGCGGAGAAGGGUGAACUCCACAGUGGUUCCAUUACACCAACAGAAAGCAUCAUGUCAUUGGGAACUCACUCCAGGUUUUCAGAAUUCACUGGAUAUUCAGGAAUGUCCAUCAGCAGUCGCUCCUACCUGCCAGAGAAGCUUCAGAUUGUGAAGCCCCUUGAAGGUUCAGCCACUCUGCAUCAUUGGCAGCAGCUAGCUCAGCCUCACCUGGGGGGAAUCUUAGACCCAAGGCCUGGGGUUGUCACUAAGGGCUUCAGAACUCUGGACCUCGACCUGGAUGAAGUGUAUUGCCUUAAUGAUUAUGAAGAAGAUGAGACAGGUGACAUUUCUUACAAGAGCCUAACUACCUCAACACCAAUUCAGCACAUAGAGACCUCAGGUGAGAGGUCACAAGCACAAGUGACUGUUUCAGACAGCAAGAGUAAUCCAAGCCAGUCUCAGGCUUUCACAGAGGAGAUGCAGGAGUCCACGACUGCCGAUGAUGAGGGGUCUGUACAUCAUCCUGGGAAGUGCAUGUCACAAACCAACUCCACCUUCACCUUCACCACCUGCCGCAUUCUGCACCCUUCUGAUGAGCUCACACGAGUCACUCCAAGCCUUAAUGCGGCACCUACUCCAGCUUGCGGCAGCCUUGGCAAUUUGAAAGGCACCCCGGUCGCUACUCCAUGCACCCCUCGGCGUCUAAGCUUGGCAGAAUCCUUCACUAACCUUCGGGAAUCCACAACUACGAUGAGCACAUCCUUGGGCCUGGUGUGGCUGCUUAAAGAACGAGGCAUCUCAGCAGCAGUGUACAAUCCACACAGCUGGGACAGGGCCAGCAAGGGCACCAUCCUGAACCCGUACUCUCCUAAGAUGGCGAUCAUUCCUUCCACUCCUCCGAACUCACCUAUGCAGACUCCCUCUUCUUCCCCACCUGCUUUUGAGUUCAAGUGCACCAGCCCUCCUUAUGACAACUUCCUUGCUUCCAAACCUGCCAGUUCCAUUUUGAAGGAGGUGAGAGAGAAAAAGAACAUCAGGAACAGUGAGAGUCAGACUGACGUGUCUGUCUCCAACCUUAACCUUGUGGACAAAGUAAAGCGGUUUGGGAUUGCCAAAGUAGUUAGCUCGGGGCAAACACGAGUGCCUCCCUUAACUGAUGAUGAGGGACCUCUUCUCUGUGGGGCACAAGGACCAGUAAGAGCCUUUGUUCCCCGAGGCUUGGCCCCAGAAGGCCUUCAGUUGGGCUGCCCUUCUGCAACAAGUGCUAUUGGCGGUAUUCAGCUGAACACUGGCAUUCGAAGGAAUCGGAGCUUCCCAACCAUGGUGGGUUCCAGCAUGCAGAUGAAGGGCCCUGUAACUCUAACUUCUGGCAUCCUAAUGGGAGCCAAGCUCCCUAAGCAAACUAGCUUACGAUGAAGGACUACAUUUUUAUGGCUAGACUUUUAAAGAGAUACCAAGAACCCACCUCCAAUUUUUUUUUCUUCCAUUGCCUCCUGAGUUUGACAAAUCAACUUUGUGCCUAAUGGGAGAAGUGUGUAAACUUUGUACAGUUUGUAAAUAUGUACCAGAUAUAUUGUAACUAGUUUUUGUUUUACUGUUCAGUUGAGUGCAAAAUGUUCUGACACUGCAGUUGCUGUAUUAGGGUUUAACUUGCUAACCUUCUGAAAGGUGUUUGUUUGUUUUUUUAAGAUGCACUG